AUGGAGCUUCUCGAGAUCCCAAUGCAGUCGGUUGAUGGACUACCGGAGAAUUGCGAGGCCACCAUGGAUAUCCAGAAAGCGCAAACACCGUUCCUGAAGAAAGCACACGACAUGUUAGCUGAGCCAUUCGAGCAUCUGCUUGAUAAGGUCACCCCAGAUUUGAUCCUUGUCGACUUUGCUGCAUACCGAAUUUCAGAAGUUGCUGCCAAGCAUGGCGUAAACACUGCGUUUUUCAGCGUUUACACGGCUGCCACGUUGGCUUACUUUGGGUCACUGGCUGAGCUCAAGGAUGGGAAGCCACGGCCGAGUCCUGAAGGCCUCACCAAGCCACCGGAUUGGAUCCCUUUUCCUUCUCGUGUAGCUCAGACGAAGGAGCACCACGCACGGUUCGGGAGCGAGUACAAGAUGCCCCUCGAGGAAAUACACGAACUGGCAUUUUCAAUUGAGCUUUCAAGAUUACCUUUCCUCUGGAUUCUGAGAAAGCCACAAGGUGUGGAUAGUUCAGAGUUACUGCCUCCUGGUUUUGCCAGCCGAAUGCAGAGCCAGGGUCUCGUUGUUCUCGGUUGGGCGCCUCAACAAAGAAUACUCGCCCGUCCAGCAAUCGGGGGAUGUUUUUUCCACUCAGGCUGGGGAACAUGUGUUGAAUCUCUUGCUCAUGGCCACCCACUAAUUCUUCUCCCCUUCGUAUCAGACCAAGGACUCACUGCUAAGCUUAUAGCAGAAAACCAAGCUGGAUACGAAGAUGGUUCGUUUAGUAGGGACGUGGUUGCUGAAUCCAUAAGACGAGUUCUUGUAGAUGAAGAAGGCAAGCAGUUGAGGCUGAAGGCUGCAGAGCUGCAAAGUGUGUUUGGCAAUCAUGAGAGUCAAGAUAAUUAUAUAAACAAAUUCAUCGACCAUCUGAUAAAGAAGCAAGUGUAAACUGGAUCACCAUCAACCAAGAAGAGCACCGUAAUUGCAUUUCCAUUCAUGUCUUUCCUUUAUCUUUGUUUUGAUUUCAGGUUCUGUACCACCACUACAACAUAUUCCAGCAAAUUACGAUCCAAUAUGUUUG